AUGGCUCUCGAUCAGGUGCUCGCUCACCUCGUCGAGAAUCUCAACGCGCAAAUGAGCGAAGACGGAAAAGAUAAGGAAGAGAAUUUUGGUCCAUCAGCAAAAUCAGCACUAACUAGUCUGCUCUGUGAUCGCCAAUUGCAAGAGUGCCGCCUGGAAAAGGAUAAACGCGAUUUUCGCACCUGGCAAAAGAUCGAAUUUGCCAAGCUGAUCCGCCAACGAAAGCACAUUCUCUUCGGUGAAUGUGAUGGAGCGGUGGUAACAGCAAAAGCGAAAGAGGACGCUUGGCGAGAGAUCCAGCACGAAUUGGAGGAGAUGGGCGCCGACUCGUUCAAGGGAAAACCGUGGAUGCGUCUCCGGGAUCACGAUUGGCAGUAUAUAAGGCGACACGCGAUGAAUCGAUACGAGAAUGGGAAAGUCUCGACGGGUCGUCUCUCCGAGUUGGACGAGAUCGUCGUCGAGAUCGUGCAAGGCGACAAAACCUCAUCAAUCAACAACAAUGUUAGCCAAGACUCAAAUGACAGCUUUGGCGCUCAGCUUUGCUCUUUAUUGGCUGCCUCGUCCGAAUCAACGCAAAAUGGAUCGAUUUUUGGGAUAAAUGAGAUUAAAGAAGAGUUGACGAUGGGCACGCCGGAGAGAAUCUCCGAAUCACCGGAAAUCUCGUCAGCUCCCACGACUCAAAGCCAUUCCACAACACAGACAACGAAUGGAAAUGCGAGCAAAAGACAUAUUGACAGCGCUCUCCGCAACGCAUUGGCCUCUCUAUCAUGCGCUUUCGGCAAUUCUCAAAUGGAUACCGUAACCCCGACGACAACUGGACAAAAUAAUGCAAAUGUUUCAACGUCAACAAAUCAGUCAUCGUAUUCAAAUCAUUCAAAUCAUUCAACCGGCUCAAUUCAGCGAGAACCACCCGCGAAGAGAGGACGAGUCGGCAAUGGAGACCAUGACCCAGUGAACUCCAUUCAGCCAACGAUUGAAACUCUUCAACGUCAAAAGCUCGAGCUUGAGAUGGAACACAUGAGAAAUGAGGAGAUGAGACGCCAGGAAAGACAUUUAUUGGAGAUAGAACGCCUCCGCAUUUCCGUUUCGUUGAUGAAAAAGUGCUUUGAUGAUGGGAAUUGUGAGAAAUUCGGGAAUUUCGAUGAUUUCUUCGCCAGGUUUCAAAGU